CUGUUUCCCCCCCUUUCUUUUCUCCCCCCUACCCUCUCACUCUAAGUACUUCCUUGCUAGGUAUCUUGAUAUUUUCUUCACUCCCUUUAGAAAAAAUAUGGAGAAGAAAAUGGCUAACUUUGCUAGUAGAGACAUGAAGAAAAGUUCUUCUUUAUUGGAUUUUGAGGACUACUUGAAUCAUAGCAAAACUUAUGGUGAAGAUGCAAAAAUUGGUGAUGGUUUUGGAGGAAGUGAUCAUCAUCAUCAUCAAAAUAUCAACAAUAAUAACAUUAAUGACAAUAAUAAUGUUCAUGCCCAACUUUUUGGUGAUAUUUGUUCAGUUGCUCCUCCAUUUACUAUGAGAAAUCAGGAGAUAGUAAAUGAUUUCUCAAAUUGUGGACUGACAGACAAGACCCUUUGGUCUCCAAAUCUUACUCCCAAGCAGUCCAGCAUUUCUGUAACUGUGGAUUCACAAUCUUCAAUAUGUGCUGGGAGUCCAACACCAACUAUUAUGCCAAAAGUGAGAAACAAUCAAACAAUUGGAGCUACUACUGGGUCCUACCAAUCAGAUGAUGAUGACGUGGAGGGUGAAGUGGGCCCAUGUGAACAAAGCACAGACCCAUUGGACAUCAGACGUUUGAGAAGGCAAGAAUCUAAUAAGGAGUCUGCAAGGCGUUCGAGAAGAAGAAAGCAAGCACAUUUAGCUGAUCUUGAAAAUCAGGUUGAUCAGUUUAGAGGUGAAAAUGAUUCAUUGUUCAAGCAGCUACAAGAUGCCACUCAACAAUACAAAGAAGCUUUGACAAAUAAUAGAGUGCUCAAGUCAGAUGUGGAAGCAUUAAGAGCCAAAGUGAAGUUGGCAGAGGACAUGGUAGCCAGAGGUUCAUUAACCUCAAGUUUAAGUAAUCUCCUCCAGAAUUACUUGAACACUCCUCAAUCACUAGCUACCAACAAUAACAAUAAUAAUACUAUGUGUCGUCUGGAUAACAUCUGUCCGACCAUCAAUGUUCCCGUUGAAGACUCGUGGAGUGCGAUUUCUAGCCAGAAUCCUAUGAUCGGAGUGGAAAAUGUUAAUGCAUUCAACCGGAAUUUCGAGAAUGGAGCUAUGAGUGAUGCUGUUAGCUGUAUUUCAGAUGUAUGGCCCUGGGAAUCACAUGUCCCUUCAAUUUCAAAGUGAAUUAUGGAUUUUAGUUACUUAUAUAAAUAUUAUUAUUGUGGUAUUUAUGUAUGAUUAUAGACAAUCAUGAUGUGAUGAUAAUGAGUUGGUUUAAUAUCUUUGUAUGUGUGACAGAUCAUAGUUGUAACAAUUUCAGGACUUUGUGAUUUGAACUCUUAUAUGUUUGUAUUUGCCAACACUAUGGACUUCAAUUUAUGUAGUAUUAUGAUCUAGGAAAUUUAAUGGCUUUGAUACUU